CGAUUAUAAAUAUCGGAGAUUACUUUCUGACCUUACGAGACCAUUACUGGAUUUACAUUAAACUGCAUUAGUUCAAGAUUUUUCAAUACACUACUAAAUUUUUAAAAUAUCUUCGAUUUUUCUGGAUAGCGAUGUCAGAUCAUACAAUACUUCUUGUUCAACCAAGCAACAAACUUGAAACAAGGACUUAUUCAGAUUUUGAAACUGUUGAUGAAUGCAUGGAAGGAGUUUGCAAAAUUUAUGAGGAGCAUUUGAAGAGAACACACCCAAACAGCCCUUCGAUUACAUAUGAUAUUAGUCAGCUAUUUGAUUUUAUUGACAAUCUAACUGAUCUCAGCUGUUUAAUAUUGGAUAAAAGCAAGCAGUUAUAUGCACCUAAAGGCAAAGAGUACAUAAAAGAUCGGAUAUAUAAAAUGCUACGCGGACAAGCAGGAAAGUGAUAACAUUAUAACUAAAAAAAUCUGAAUAAAUUGUUUUUUAAAUAACAUGAAAACAAUAUAUCAGUGUUUGCUUAGUAACACUUAAAUAGGAUAUGAUAAAAUGGUAUUUAGUGUAAAUUUGUUUAAAACCCGUACAAUAAAAUUAUAGUACUAAACUGUGAAAAUAGCAUAACUAAUUAUGACAAUUAAAGUAUCUAAUAAAAAAUAAUAAGUUUUUUGUGUGA